AUGCUGAGCAUGUCUACUAUCACUAUGAAAGAAGCCACGUGUAAGUUAUUGCCCCGGCUGUCGCUCUGUUGUUGAACACAUGGUCGAACUGUCAUGUUGAUGCGGGAUGCGUAGCGGUGGUCUGCGAUGCUUUGCCACAGAUUAUUGUGGAAACGUAUGUGACCGAGCGGGCCCACGCGCGACUGAAAUAAAGCCAUAGAUCUGGGCAGCUUUGGCUGUAAUUCUGUCAGCGUGUGGCGAGACAUCAAGAUAAUUAUAAUAAUAAUAAUAUCUGUGAAGUUUAAACCUAAAUCCUUGAUGGUGGUACAUUCAGUCAUAGGUUUGCCCUGACAAGAGACAAGAGAUCGGCGAUCGUGUCUCCAUCUUCAGGAGAGAACUCCAUUAGCCAUUUUGAGCUCCAAGCUGAGAGAGCAAGCAAUCAGCAUGGGUUUGCUCCAGGCAAUGAAGGGUCGUAUAUUUAUUGAAGGAAUAUACACCAUUGAGAUUAUCAGCAUAAAUAAAUGAUUGAGAAUGUUUAACUGUCAACGAGAUAUAAUUUAUAUACAACAGGAACAAAGGAGGACCUAAAACGGUACCUUGCAGGACACCAAUUACAAUACGGCUCUCAUCGGAAAAUGAAGAUCUAAUUAAAACCUUUUGUUUACAAUUAGACAAAUGAUCAUUAUGAAGAGAAGUUAACAAAUUGAUAAACGAUAUAUGACACGAUUCACAAGAACGAUCGGGUACUAAGCCAUGUUGGGAAGAGCUAACAACUUUAUUAGCUAUGCAGCAGUCCGUAAUUAUCAUGACAAUAAUAUUUCGAUGUGUUUGGCAAGAGAGAGCGUUUUAAGAACACUUCGAUUAUUUUGACCUUCAGAACGACAGCCGCAUUUAAAUACUGAAAUAAUAACAGAAGUUUUCGAAUGAUCAGGAAUAAACCAUUCUCGAGAAAGAUUGAAAAGAGUUUUCUAGGCACAUACCGUUAACUAUGUUGGUUCUGUUCUGUGAACACAAUUGCUAUUUGGAAUAAAUUAUCAAGGAGUGCGAAAAUUCUGCAAGAUUAUUCUUUGUCAAAGAGAACUAUUACUGUUUUUUGCAUUAAGAAAAACUCGCCUAAAUUUUGAGCGCUGAAUAUAACGAUCUUAUCUACCGUAGUAAUGGCGUUCGUGGUCUCUAAUCCCCACGACCGGUCUCACCAGGGACAAUUUAUUCAGUCAACAGUGACAGCUGUGCUUCAGUGCCUCUGUUUGAUCCAGUCCCAACUUCAUGAUAAAAAAUGGAGACUGAAACUACCCGAUGCAGUUGCCCCUCCCUAUUUUGACUGUCGUCAUUUUAUGUGCAACAGUUUUUUCCUCCUGAAACCCCCAAACUUUAAGAAAGACCAUUCUCUUUAUUUCUUUAUCAGGAGUUUUACACUGCUGGUCGGAUUUGCGUUUAAUCUUUCUCUGACAAUGCCUGUACAGUGGCAUUAAAUACAAGUAUUAUUAUAAGCGACUCUCCGAUAAGCCGACAGAAGUACCCUACUAACUGCGAAGACACAAAUUCUGCUGCGAUUGGCCGAUCACUUCAGAAUCGUCCUUAACCGCCUCUCCACCAUCUUAGACGGCGUCAGCGGCCGUCUGGUCCAGGUAAAGACCGACGUGGAUCUCGACCAAACACCCUUUCUGCACGAAACCAUCAAGGCCGCGCAACAGCUGUCCAGCGGGAAAGCGCGCAAAUCGGACGUGAUCGAUGCUGAGAUAUACAGGCACGGUGGCCCCCAAAUUGCUGAUAAUCUUACGGCGAUCUUCCAGGAGAUGUGGCGUCAAGUGGAAGUCCCUCAGAAUUUUAAUGACGCCUCAAUCGUUCAUCGCUACAGGUGGAAAGGGAGUCGUCAAUCUGUGACAAACACCGAGGCAUCUGCCUGUCAAACAUCGCCGGGAAGAUCUUCGCUCUCAUUUUUCUUAACCGGCUAAACGACCAUCUGAAACAGGAUGUCCUUCUGAAAAGCCAGUACAGUUUCCGCCGCCAUCGUGGGACCACGGACAUGAUCUUUGUCGCCCGCAAACUUCAGGAGAAGUGACCGGAAAUACUGACCCACCUAUAUUCUACCUUUGUGGAUCUAACGAAGGCCUAAUACACGGUGAAUCGCGAUGGACUGCGGAAAAUCUUGCAGAAAUUUGGCUGUCCCGAACGAUUCACUCAGAUGGUGCAUCACCUCCGCGGUGGCAUGAUGGCCCGCGUCACGGACAAUUGAACCGUAUCAUAGGCAUUGAUAGUAACCAAUAGAUUGAGGCAUGGCUGCGUCCUCACGCGUAGCCCCUUCAGUCUCAUGUUCUCUGUCAUGCUGAUUGACACCAACCGUGACGAACAGCUCGGGAUCCACGUCGACUACCGAACAGACGGCCCACUCCUCAAUCCGCGACUGAUACACUCCCAGUUGCAUUUCCAAUAACAACGGAACAUUUUCUCGGACUACUUGACCGUCUGCAGUCUUUUAUCACACAAUUUCUCUAAGGGUUGUUGACAUAUUACUAAUCGGAUGGUUUCCAAACCGUCAGGAAAUGUGGAGUUUGAAAUAAAUUUUUUUAUCAUCCACGCUCUUUGCAGACUCACAACGGCACGAUACCUCAGAAUGACGACUUCGAAGUAGGCUGAAAAGUGUUGGAGCAUGAAACACAGCCUAUUAUUCCCGUUUCAUUAUGUCUGCCUAGCAACCACCCUGCCUCAUUCUGCCCGACGCAUUCGAGAUUACAGCUGGGUGUUCAGUCAAAUUCACGUAAUUGAGGCAAAUAGACGUGAACCUCUGAGUGGCCUAUUUGCAACGUAAAAUUAGGCGCGGUGUACAGAAAAGCACGUGAGUUGAAAUAAUUUAAAAAGGCCCAUAAUGUUGUGACGAAUUGAGCGUGAGUCUCAGGGGCUGGUAUCGGUCUUUCAUUGUUCUUAUUCGUUUUAAUGAAUAAAUAUGUCAAGAUUUCUUUUCAAGCAUUGUAUCGAUGGUGACAUCAAAACAUGCGCGAGGAGGGCAUUCCAUGGCUUGCCCACUCGGGCAGAGAAGGAGAACUUCCGCACAUUCAGCUUUCCUGCUGCGGGCGCAGCUUUAACGGGUGACAUCGGAGGUUGAUCGUGGUAGCAAAUUUAUGAAAGUCCUUAAAGGCCAGGCUGUAGCCCAAUCCCAUUACACUACGAAAUGUUUAAAGAGAUCACCCGCAAUUGCCUAUAUCUCGAAGGGAAGCGGUUCCAAUUUGUAAGAAGAGUUGCAUUAGGAAAAGAGCUUUAACCCCUUACCAAUUUCGUGGAUCUCCUCUGACCUCUUUCGAGAUAAUUUCGAUCUUCAACCGCCCAUGACCUCUAGGCUUUUAUGCCAUAUUCCAAGUGUGGCCGCACGAAUUUUUCGAAUAUCUUCGAGAAGACGCCUUCGUCAGAGUCCAAAAAUGCUCGCUUUAAGGCGCACAGUACGGACAUUGCGUUUUUCUCUCUCUCUCGAACUUUGAGCGGAUAGUUUUAAGGGAGUUUACAAUCAGUACGCCGAGGUCCUUUUUGGCUUUGACAUCUCGUAAAGCCACACCAUCGAAAAAGCCGUCUCUUUUGCAGUCGGAUCUGGCCAGGUUACCUAGACAAAGUAAAAUAGACUUGCUGAUGUUGAACCACAUGAGCUAACAUGUGGACCACUUCUCCAACCGCUUUAAGUCCAUUUUAAGUCUAUCUUUCUCGGUAGGACCCCGGAUCACGAUUCUUAUUUUAAUGUCGUCAGCAAAAAAUGGCUGUUUUACAGUUCAAAGCUCUUGCAUGAUCGUCCACAAAUAUUAGGAACAAAGUGGGUCCCAGUACUAUAUCCUGGGGAACAUCACUCUUGACCCGAGUAAAAUCUGAUUCUCCCUGGUGCCGACCCACAAGAAAGUUUUGGAUAAUUUUCAGGAAGUUAAUUUGAUGUGAACCGUGUGCCUCUCGUCAAGAGCUCGGGUCCUGCUAUGCAGAGAUUGCAGUAAGUUUGUCGAACCGGACCUUCCCUUCCGGAACCCGUGUUGGUAGUUCGAUAGCAAGUAGUGGACUUCCAGAACUGCACCAAUUCAAUCUUUAUGAUCCUCCCCAUAACAUUGAAGAGAAUGCCUGUCAGGUUUAUGGGCCUGUAAUAUGUCGCAGACGUUCUGCUACCGCCUUUGCAUAGUGGAGUUAUAUACCCCAGCUUCCAAUCGAUAGGGAGUACCCCAGUGUCAAACGACGUUUGAAAGAGCAUCGGAAGAGGCAUAAGAAGUUACCUGGCAAGUUCUUUGAGAAGCUUAAGUGGAAUCUCGUCUGGUCCUGGAGACUUCGAUUAAUUCAAUGAGCCUAAUUCUUUUCGGAUACGAUAUUCUGAAAAUCGUUUAUUGCUUAUGCAUGGAGCCGACAGUUAUCCUGUAUAAGGAGGAAGGAACCUUGCCAUGUUUAUGCAGACUGGCUGGAAAAAACUAAAAAAAAAUACACAGGUUUAUCCCUACUAUCAGCAAUUCCAACGCCAUUGGUAGCACUUAUUAAGGAGAUUUGAUGCCUGUUCCUUCUACUUGACAAUUAGGAAGGAAAUAUGAAAGAAUAAGGAUAAAGGAGAAUUUAGCAAGCAAGAUAUGGAAAGAAAUAAACAAAAUUAUACGAAGGAAAAGCGAAAUUAUUCGUAUUGUAAUAGAAAUCCCGACUCUCUAAUCGUGCUAGGUCCAUUUACCCAGGUCUGCGCCGCCUGAACAAUCCAUCAAUCGUCUCACAACUACCUGACAACAAGCUUAGACCAAGUUAUUUAGCAAACCGUUUGACUUAUCCAAUCAGUAACCCUUAUCAUGAACCUCAUAACUGCCAAGCACUAACUUAACACUAAGUCAUAUUUCAGACCAUAAGCCUAGCCCUAACCCUAACCCCAAGUACUAACCCCAACCUCACACCUAAUCCUGGCACUAAGUCUAACGCAAACCCUAACCACAAAACUGAGCACUAACAAACUAUAAACCUGAACACUGGCUCCGACCCCAUCCACAACCCUAACCCCGACCCUGUCCCUAUUCCCUAAUCCCAGCCCUAACCCCAAUCCCAAAACUAAUUUCUACCCUAAUCUCUAACCCCAACGCUAAUCCCAGCCCUUACCCCUGGCCCCAUCCGAAGCCCCGACCAUAACCCUAACCAAACCAUAGGACCAAACCCAGCGGCAAACUUCAUCAUGAACUGAACUCCUGACAAACCCUAAUUCACCACCCAAACUUAACCCAACUCUAUCGGAAUUUGAAAUUCGUGCGAAUUAACCGGGUUGAAAUUACAACAGCCAGCGCCAUUUAUCAGGUCCCACGAUCUGUAUAGGGUUGUUUGUACGAUGAGACACUUUUGGGGCGUGGAACUGGGAUGGCGAUGACAUAAAUGCGUGUCGGUGAAGAUGGUCGGUGUUCCUCCUUCUCAACAUCGCCGACCCUCCUUCACGCGACUUACUGUAAUACUCGCGUCGCCCUUCCUCUCUGUGUCGGCAUCGCUCUCGGCCCUCCCCUGUCGUUGCCCACAGCGAUGCGUACACCACCGGCUGUUUAGUUGGCAUAUCACUGUAGCCUCUCUAUCCAGAGAGGUUAUCCUUUGUUGCAGCUCACCCCGUUUGUACAAUCAAUCACAUUUAUGUGCAUUUCCAGUUUCCAUCUCUCCCAGUUUACCUUAUCGCCUACCUAACCUUUCUUCUUUCCUUGCGCAUUGAUGAAUACUGCUCCAUGCCAACGACUCGGUUCAGCUCGGUUUCGACCAGGAUCUUCUUCCGGGACUUCGCUACCUCGCUAUAUGCUGUCCUUGACGUCCUCGGCCACUACACAUUGGAAUCAGCCAGGAAUAUUCUAAGAACACUCGCGGGAAAAAACUAACCAAUUAUCGAGUAGGCGUUGGUGACCAAUGGGAAAGGCGUGGGCACCGACGACCCUACAAGAUUCCACUUGCAAUUUGGCCAGACGGUAGUCGAAGGUCUUUCAAUUCCUUGGUGUCACAUUCGGUAAGCAACCAUGUUAGUGCUAGUAAAGUGAACCAGAACAUGCUUCAUGGACCCGUUGUUUGCCGUGUAUACUUUUCACUUGCGAAGGCACUUACCGUCUUACAGACAACAUCCUCUAUGAGCUCAAUGCUCUUACAAGUACAUUCACCACGCGCAGUCGUUACAGACGUCUAGGGGACUGUUGACUACCCCACUUUCCAAUUUUUUUUGAAACCAUGCGGCUCGCUCAUACACUGGACGCGCGCCAUUGAAGCUUUCGAUGCCACACCAGCGGGUUUUACCUGCCAGACAGACGAGUCAGCCAGUAAUCUGACUAGCACCCUACUGACAAUCCGAAGGUAUUAUGAAUUAACAGCUCGCUAGUGUGCUGUUACCAGAACGGUGCCGUAUUUGAUUGACUAAAUGAUUACAGUGCUAUCACUGAAGUGAAAAGCACAAGUUACUGCAGUCAUGACUGAAAAAUACCUCCUGGUUGCUAUUUAAGCCCAUCCCGAAUAGUCAUUAGUUAAUUUGGCCAAACGUCUUUUUAGCUUGUGCACAGAUACUGCGUUGUUUGUCUGUGGACCUGAUGUCAUGUUAAAUAGUUUGUUUUCGUGUUCUACGUAGCGCAUACGAAGAAAGCGGCACCAUACUUGAGAUUGUGACGUGCUGAGGAUCUAGGAAACAUGAAUAUGCUGUAGGCGGAUGUGCUUUGUGGGAAUUUAGUGGGGAGCAACAUACGUGUCUCGUUACGUUUCUCAUGGAACCCGACUCUAAAACCGGAAAGUUGGGGUUACGCACAGGGUAACGUUCCGGAACUCAAUGUAAGCUUACCCCAUCGUGGCUUAUGGAAUUAUUAUUAUGCACCCAUCAUAAUCCACUUAGCAAUUGGUUCUAUGGUUGCCUCAUCAGGUCGCCGUUUUGGGAAUUUUUCUCACAACUAAUUUGCAACAGCGUUCUAGAUGGCGGUGACAAUCGCAUUCACAAUUAGAAAACCGACCUAUUUCAACAUCAUUCACCAACUGCCUUUAGCUCUCACAGUUGCGCAGAAGGUCUCUUGUGCCCUUAAUUUGACCCCAUCUCACCUAGUAGUCAAGUCAAGAGAUUCAUUUUUUCUUUUAGUCGCUCCUCAUUUUUCUUUAUUUCACGAAUCCUCUUCUAACCUGUUUUUCUCGGGGUCUUUUAGCUGUUGGCCGUGUGUAUCAGCUUUCAGUGCACCUACCUGCCUUUUGCCACUUCGAGAUGAACGACUCUUAUUUAAGCCUUUUAUUUGUCCCGUGGAAUUUUUUUAUUUUUAGAGUUCACUCGUUCUCUUCAGUAGGUGAUUCACUGUCUCCUACAGACCACCUACAAUGCGUCCAGUGAUAUACUUCAACCCAAUCGCUCUGCCGAAGACAAAACAUUAUGUGUAAGUUGGUUGUACUACCACCUUCUCUAACUUCUUCUUAAAUCUAAAGACCUCUCUGGAACCGGCAUGUGGUCUCCCCUAAGUUCACUCCCGGUGACCCACAGCUUCGAAUGUUCCUCCCCCCUUUCUGGAUGAAAAUGAUUUACCCAGGUAAAGAUUGCCCCAAGUGCCUGGCCGUCUUUAAGGUCCAUCCUCAGUAUGUUUCGGUUUCUCUAUGUAAUGCACUCCCCCUUCUAGGAUGACUCAGUUUGAUGUAAGACAGUACUUGGAGAAAAUCUAUAAGGUGCCCGUCGCCAGCGUCCGGCUUAAGAUGCUUUACCACGAUUGUAGGUCCUUGCCCUCGUAAAUGGUUUACAGUAAUUCCUCGUUUCCGUUUUAGUGGCACCUCUUGACGCUGCCGAAGAUCCCAAAAGGGCUGCUGGAUUUACUUUGCCCCAUUCGCUUCCGAGGGAACCCGAGCGAUACGAGAAACUAGCGUACGUGCACCUGGUGAGUGUCAUGACUUGA